UCUGUGUUCUGUUAGUCGGGUCUCACUCAGCUGCGGAUUGUUUUCAUUCUUCGCUGCUCGACGUUGGCGCUGCUCGGCGUAACGUUUUCUUUUUCUCUCCAACAUACUUCGAUUCAGCAGGAUGUUAGGAUGGACUGUUGUCCACUUCUGCCGGACAGCUUGGUUUUGGAGAUCUUCCUGCGUCUGCCCUAUGAUGCUGUGCUAAGAGCUGGUCUGACCUGUAGACAGUGGCUGGCCGUCUCCAGAGAUGAGUUCCUGUGGAAGGAGCUCUUCUACAGCUACUACCGCAUACCACGCGCCGUACCACGACACCCAUCGGCUGUGUCGUGGUACAGGGAGUUCAAACGUUUGUUUGACUGUAUCCCGUGUGUGGAGGUUCAGACGCUGAGAGAACACAGUGACCAAGUCCUUCAUUUGGCUUUCUCCCACAAGGGUCACCGGUUCUCCUCCUGUUCCAAAGAUUGCACAGUAAAGCUGUGGGACACAGAGCGGCCAGAUGGACACAUCUCACUGGUGCAUAGCUCCAGCAUGCGGCAGUUUAACUGGGGCUACACCCAGUUCUCCCAGUUCAAUGCAGAUGAUAGCCUGCUGCUUGUUUCUGGGGUCUACCUUGGCCCACAUCACUCGUCAUCUGGAGAGAUUGCAGUCAUUAGUCUAGACAAUUACACGCUACUGUCACGGGUUAGGAACAAGCCGUAUGAUGUGUUUGGUUGCUGGCUCAAUGAGACACACUUGAUCUCUGGCAACUUACACUGGAUCGGCAACAUGACAUCCUGCUCUGUUCUCUGGCUCAACAAAGCUUUCCAGGAUAUUGAAUCAGAGAACGUCAAUGUGGUUAAACGCCUCUUCAAGAUCCAAAACAUCAAUGUCAGUACCAUUCGUACGGUCAUGGUGGCCCACUGCCGCCGCCAUGACAACCCAGACUUGUUGCUGGACUACGAGGCUCAGUCUCAGGCGAGGAGGCAAAAAGGGGAGCAGCAGUCCAGGCACCAACCUCUACUCUUUGACCUGGGAACCUCUGGCAGUGAGGAAGAGGAAGAAGAGGAGGAGGAGGAAGAACAUCAGAGGGCAGCAAAAGGUCGCAGUUUCCCGUCUAUCCGCCUCCCUCAAUCUACUGUCUCAAACCUGGACCAAGUUCUUCAUAGUCGUGAAAACGUGGCGGCCAGGGAACUCCAGCUUGAAACCCAAGUAGCUAAGCUAAUGGGUAGACACCACACAAAGGCCCCUGACUCCAGCCUCAUUGAGCAGUCUGAGUCUGGUGAAGGAGAGGAUAAAACGUAUUUACUUUUUACCACCGGCAGCCUUACAUACUCUCCUCACCAGAUAGGCAUUAAACAAAUAAAGCCCGAUCAGAUGACGACAUCUGGUCCUGUCCUUGGGGAAGAGCGGAGCUCAGAUGAGUUUUUUGACUCCCUGGACCAUGUCAUUGAUAUUCAUGGGCAUAUCAUUGGUAUGGGCCUUUCUCCAGAUCACAGAUACCUGUAUGUGAACAGUCGGGCGUGGCCAGCAGGAUGCGUGAUCUCGGACCCCAUGUCUCCGCCUCCUAUUGCAGAGGAGAUAGACCUGCAUGUCAUUGAUCUGAAGAGCUUGAGGGAAGAGAGAAGAAGUCUGCGCGCACAUCGAGCCUUUACGCCAAACGACGAAUGCUUCUUCAUCUUCCUUGAUGUCAGCAGAGACUUCGUUGCCAGUGGAGCAGAGGACAAGCACGGCUACAUCUGGGAUCGUCACUACAACAUCUGUCUGGCACGUCUGGCGCAUGACGAUGUGGUGAAUUCGGUGGCGUUCAGCCCCGCUGAUCAGGAGCUGCUGCUAUCUGCCAGCGAUGACUCUACCAUUAAAGUGUGGCGUUCACCACGGAUGCUCCGUCUCGCACAAGCCUCUGCCCGACAGCUGAGGCCCCGCAGCCUCCUACCGUCCUGGCUGAGCCGCCAUAAGAACUCCACACCCGUUGGCAGCGUAAAUGGAAAACCAUGAAUCAGGUCAGGAUAUGUCUUAAGUAGAUACCUCUGUGGUACAGUAUGACUAUAUAUACACUCCAUGUAUAUGUCCAGUGUGGUGACAGUAAAUGGUUUUGCUUGAGCUCAUGGUGUUGUGACCUAAAGCAGCUCCGACAUCCUCAGCUUUCAAGAGACGAGCCUCAGGGUUGGACACAAGGGGGCGAUGUUGCACCAACAAAGAGGAGAAAGGAUAUGCAAAGUUACCACAAAUACAGAUAUCUUCGAGCCGACACCUACAUGCACAAAGACAGGUGUGCUAAAGUGUUCCCUAAGAGAUAGUUACGUUUGUUUGUUUAUUUGUUUGUUAUUUUUAAUAAUGUUGCGUCUGAACAGACCAGUCUUCUGGGCCUGAGGUGUAAAUGUAAUGUAGACAUUUAUGGUUAUCAUGUAUUUUCCAUGGUCUUUUCCAAGUGCAAGAAAAGAAGAAAGGAAAAAAAAAACAUGUUUUUUUUUGUUCUCAUUCAGGGAAAUAUCUAAUUGGAGUCUCAACCCCAUUUUCAGAGAAUUAUAAGACAGCUCAAAAGCAAAAGGGACAAAAAAAAAGAAAGACUUUGAGGUGUGUUUAAUGUAGUGCUCCUCGGUUUUGUUGAUGUCACAUCCCAUUGUUUUUGUGCCCUGAAAUGAGCCACCAUUAUUCUAUAACCCGUAGAAUUACUCAGUAAUUUAAUGUAAAAGAAUUGUUGAGAAACAGUUGGCGUGAAGCAUGACUGUGAACAAAAGAAAAAAAAAUGUCUUUAUGUAGCUAAUUGUGAUUGCACCUGUGUGAUUUAGGAAUAUAUGUAAACCCUCUUUAUUAGCAGGACAAAUCUUAUCAAGUCAUUCUGACACUUCAGGAGGAAUCUCAGAAAUCUAUACCUUGAUUUUCCAACUCAGAUUUGUGGACAACCUUGACCCAUCUUUGUCAUUUUUAGUUCACCGCUGCCCGCUCCACGUUCCCCUCUACACAAUUUGUCCAGAGAUGUAUCGUUUUUCAUAAAUAAUGUGCACAUCAAACACACGGCUGAACGAGACAUUUCUUAUUACCAAUUUAUAAACCCUUGAAUGAUGGUUGACUGACAACAAUCCAAUCAUUUUAAUGUGGCAUAAAUACAUUUUAUUAAGGUAUUAAUUUACUUUAAUAUUACAAAAAACCAAACCUGCAGUAUAUUGGCUGUUUGAAGUGUAAUUCUGUAUAAUGAACAUACAAUGUUGUUGCAAUUUGUUCACAAAGCUGUGCUUAAAUUGAGCAAUGACAAUAAAGAGAAUUUGACAGACGUUUUGAAGUUGCACAAAUGUUACCUGUUGCUUUAAUAUGGACAUAUAUCUCUUGUACCACAUCUUGUCUAAAUUUAAUGAAGUUUAUCAUUUUUAAAGAGCACCUAACAAAAGUCAAAACAUAAUAGUUGGAUUGAAAUACUUGAGUGGAAGUAUAGAAGCCGCCGCCACAGGCGCUAAAGCCGGGUCAGCACACUUAUCUUGAAAUGUUUUGAGUGUGCGUUGGCUCACGUUACACUAAUAACCCCCUUUUAAAGAUCUUUUACUGUAAAUGCUCAAUGCCAAAAAUAAAACCAUAUGAGACGCAUUAUAAAGAGGCCCAGACUUUCCAGCUGUGUGGAUGCAUCAGUACCUGGCAAUUACUGACAUUUCCAUGUGGGCUCCAUGCUGAGAGAAAACAUGACUGAUUAUGAACCUUUUGAAUGUAUCAUUUUAUCUUCAGAAACUUCUGACAGGUCAACACUGAAUCAUCAGCUUUGUUACAAAAUGAACGGUACCUUCCAUGUUUCGAAAUGUGUGUAACGAGUCAAAAGUUUCCUUCCUUUUUUUCCCCCUCACUCUCUUCUAUCUUUACAGUUAUAUUUUCUGUGGUGUGCAAUUAUUUUCAAGACUAUACUUCAAUAAAUAGCAUGUCCCAGAAUGUGAGGCAUCUGAAAACUGUCAGAUUAGUUUUCUUUCCAGUAAAUGUGUUGUGGAUGGAGUUUGAAUCGCGUCACAAGACCCUUUCAAACUGAAACAAGGAACCUUUGUGGGAUUUCCACGAAGGUGGACAAAGUCCCACAAGGAACCAAAUACUGGUCUUAUUAAGUGAACAGGAAAAAUGCUGUUGUAGAAUAGUCAGCCAGUUAAGAUGACGUGCUGAUCAUUCAGUUGCGUCCCACGGGGAUCGAAGUAGUGACACUUUUCUGCUGUCAUAUCUAAAUGCAGACAUAACACACAAGAUAUUUAAUGCUGUGGCUCAGACUUUCCAAAAACAACAGAAGCUGUAUAUCUGAUGUGGUUGGCUACCACCUUACAUCAAAUGGAAACUUUUUCAUUCUUUUCAUCUUCGAAUUGCAAUUUCCGACUAGUAUUCAAUCUGCUCUGAACAUAACCCUAACACCACAAACAAAUUACUUUUGUCUUUCCCACGAAGGUGCAUUUGACAGGUUCACUCGUAGUUUGUGAUGAAAUAAAUGCAUAUCUAGUGAUGUAACAUCAGUGAUGAGGAUUAGUCAGAUUAGCCAGAGCCUCAGGAGCUGCAUGCUGCCCUGCAGUCCCACUCUCUGAGCAUCCCAGUGUUUACCUCCACCUGUUCCUAUAGAUGUCUGUUGGAUACCUACUGACAUCCUGACCUGCAGCCCCCCCCUCCGACCACCUCAGUGUCAUCUGUCUACACCUGUUCAUAUAGUCAUGUAGUACACCAGCUAACCAUGUGUCAGUCAUAUGUACAUAGAACUCAGAUUUUUCCUUCUCACAGUGAAUUGAUACUAAUAUAUCUUGUCUUUUGUACCUUUAACAAUAUAUCUGUCUCUCCUGUCUCUGUUCUUCAUUCUCUCUUUCUGAUCUUCCUUUUCCUGCUCCACCUGGCUGGACUCCGGCAGG